GCUCGCGCCCAGCGGCAGCUCCGCAGUGCACUCGCUGCUGCCGCUCCGCAAGCCCCGCCGCCCGCCCGCCCACCCGCCCGCCAGGUCCUGCCCGGAGCGAGCCUCGAGCGCCAGCCGAGAGGGUCAUGAGCCAGAGCGCCCGGGGGCGCUGCGGGGAGAGCGAGCGGAGAUAGCGACCUCGCGUCCCCGGCCCUCGCCGCCUAGUCCCCGCGUCCCCGGCCCCUUCUGUCCUUCCCCGAGUCCCCUCGGGCCCCGCCGCCGCCAUGGCCACCCUGCUCCGCAGCAAGCUGUCCAACGUGGCCACGUCCGUGUCCAACAAGUCCCAGGCCAAGGUGAGCGGUAUGUUUGCCAGGAUGGGCUUUCAGGCAGCCACGGACGAGGAAGCGGUGGGCUUCGCGCACUGCGACGAUCUCGACUUUGAGCACCGACAGGGCCUGCAGAUGGACAUCCUGAAAGCCGAGGGCGAGGCCCGCGGGGACGAGGGCGCUGAGCCGCCCGUUGAGGGAGACAUUCAUUACCAGCGCGGCGGCGGCGCGCCCCUGCCGCCCUCGGGCUCCAAGGACCAGGCCGUGGGGGCUGGUGGCGAGUUCGGGGGCCAAGACAAGCCCAAGAUCACGGCGUGGGAAGCGGGCUGGAACGUGACCAACGCCAUCCAGGGCAUGUUCGUGCUGGGCCUGCCCUAUGCCAUCCUGCACGGCGGCUACUUGGGGUUGUUCCUCAUCAUCUUCGCCGCUGUCGUGUGCUGCUACACCGGCAAGAUCCUCAUCGCUUGCCUGUACGAGGAGAACGAGGACGGCGAGGUGGUGCGGGUGCGGGACUCGUACGUGGCCAUUGCUAACGCGUGCUGCGCGCCGCGCUUCCCCACGCUGGGCGGCCGCGUGGUAAACGUGGCACAGAUCAUCGAGCUGGUCAUGACAUGCAUCCUGUACGUGGUGGUGAGCGGCAACCUCAUGUACAACAGCUUCCCGGGGCUGCCAGUGUCGCAGAAGUCCUGGUCCAUCAUCGCCACGGCCGUGCUGCUGCCCUGCGCCUUCCUCAAAAACCUCAAGGCCGUGUCCAAGUUCAGCCUGCUGUGCACUCUGGCACACUUCGUCAUCAACAUCCUGGUCAUCGCCUACUGCCUAUCGCGGGCGCGCGACUGGGCCUGGGAGAAGGUCAAGUUCUAUAUCGACGUCAAGAAGUUCCCCAUCUCCAUCGGCAUCAUCGUGUUUAGCUACACGUCGCAGAUCUUCCUGCCUUCGCUCGAAGGCAACAUGCAGCAGCCCAGCGAGUUCCACUGCAUGAUGAACUGGACGCACAUCGCGGCCUGCGUACUCAAGGGCCUCUUCGCGCUCGUCGCCUACCUCACCUGGGCCGAUGAAACCAAGGAGGUCAUCACGGAUAACCUGCCGGGCUCCAUCCGCGCAGUGGUCAACAUCUUCCUGGUGGCCAAGGCGCUGUUGUCCUACCCGCUGCCUUUCUUCGCUGCUGUCGAGGUGCUGGAGAAGUCGCUCUUCCAGGAGGGCAGCCGCGCCUUCUUUCCCGCUUGCUACGGCGGCGACGGGCGCCUCAAGUCGUGGGGACUGACGCUGCGCUGCGCGCUAGUUGUCUUCACGCUGCUCAUGGCUAUCUAUGUGCCGCACUUUGCUCUGCUCAUGGGCCUGACCGGCAGCCUCACUGGCGCCGGGCUCUGCUUCCUGCUGCCCAGCCUCUUCCACCUGCGCCUGCUCUGGCGCAAGCUGCAGUGGCACCAAGUCUUCUUCGACGUCGCCAUCUUUGUCAUCGGCGGCAUCUGCAGCGUGUCCGGCUUCAUACACUCUCUCGAGGGCCUCAUCGAGGCCUACCGAACCAACGCGGAGGACUAGGGUGGGAGGGCGCCCCCUGGCCGCGCCCCCCGCACUCUCCCCGAUCCCUACCCUUCCGCCCCCACCCCGCCCCCAGGCCCUUGCGCCUUGCCGCCGCACUUGGGAAGCCAAGCUUUCAACAUCUCUGGUUCCUAGUUUCUGAUUAUUCAGGGAUGGGGGUGGGGUGGGGGUGGGGGGGAUAGGGAUCCACGAUCCAUCCUGUCUGCGUUUUUGUUGUCCUUUCUUUUCCACAACGCCCUGGUUUGGGAGAGGAGGCGGGGGCGCAUUUGUGGGCAAGAUUUUCUGUCCUUCGGGAAGCGGCCCAGACGCUUUGGUUCCAGCCACCAACGGGGGAGGGAAGGAAGGGAGAGGAAACCCAGCUCGCAGGCGCGGGAACUUGACCUUGGGGGGACAUUUCACAGCCAUCCAGUGUUCGGAAUUUGCAGCGUCCAGCCAUUUCCAGCAAGAGCGCUUCCCAUUCCGGAGACAUUUCAGCCCUGCAGCGGGAAAGGCUGGCCAGGAAAUCUGUUUCGGGUGGGCGAUUUCCUUCGGCGAAAGCGAGAGGCAAGAAGCCACGGUGGGGCCGGCUUGCAUGCCGGUUUUCAGGAAUCCAAACUCAUCUUGUGCAAUUUAUCAGAUUGUGGAACUGUUCUACUGUGCGUGUGGUGUGCUCGUGGUAAAUAAGAUGAAAUGUAUAUCAGAAAAAAAAACUAUCUCUAAUUUAGAGUGCGGUGCAUAAUUAUAUCCGCAAAUAAAGAAGAAACAAAGGCU